AUGGCCUCGUCCGCCGCUGAGACAGUGACGAAGCCGUCCAAGCGCAAGACCGCUGCCGCCGCGGCCGGCAAGCUCACCACCGAGGCGCAACCCGCCCCGGCCUCCAAGGAGCGCGACUUCUUCUGGACCUACACCGAGGAGCCUCACCGCACCCGCCGUCUGGCCAUCAUCAAGGCUCACCCAGAGGUCACCAAGCUCUGCGGUCCCGAGCCCCUGACAAAGUAUGUCGUCGCCGGCGUCGUCGCGAUGCAGGUCUUCUGGGCCUGGUACCUCAGCGAGACCUCCUUCUGGUCCUGGAAGUUCUGGGCCGUAGGCUACGUCUUCGGCGCCACCGCGAACCAGAACCUCUUCCUCGCCAUCCACGAAAUCUCCCAUAACCUCGCCUUCCGCUCCCCGCAGGCCAACCGCCUCUUCGCAAUCUUCGCGAACCUGCCCAUCGGCGUGCCGUACAGCGCCUCCUUCAGGCCCUACCACCUCACCCACCACAAGUCCCUCGGCGUCGACGGCCUCGACACCGACCUUCCCACCGCCCUUGAGGCCGUCUUCUUCGACUCUAUCCUCGGCAAGGCCUUCUUCUGCACCUUCCAGAUCUUCUUCUACGCUGUCCGCCCGACCCUCGUCUACUCCGUGCCCCUGACGCCCCUGCACUACCUCAACAUCGCCGUCCAGCUCGCCUUCGACUACGCCCUCUACUCCCUCUGGGGCCCCAACGCCGUCCUCUACUUCCUCGUCUCCUCCUUCCUCGCCGGCUCCCUCCACCCCCUCGCCGGCCACUUCAUCGCAGAGCACUACGUCUACGAGACCGUCUCCCCCCAGCAGAAGGACCCCGCCAACGGCGUCCCCGUCCCAGAGACCUUCUCCUACUACGGGCCCCUCAACUUCCUCACCUACAACGUCGGCCUCCACAACGAGCACCACGACUUCCCCGCCGUCCCCUGGACCAGGCUCCCCGCCCUUCGCGAGAUCGCCAGCGAGUUCUACGAGGACCUGCCCUACCACCGUAGCUGGACCUACGCCAUCUGGCGCUUCAUCUGGGACGAAAACGUCGGCAUCACCUGCCGCGUCAAGAGGAAGCAGGGCGGCCGCAUGGUUGGCGGCAAUGCCAAUUGGACCAAGGAGGAGAUUGAGGCUUGA